AUGGAAUUGCUUAAAGAUGGUGAAAAGAAAGUUUUACACGAUUAUCAGUAAAGGUUGAAUUAACUGAAUGAAAAGCCAGAAAUAUCCACAAAUAAUAAUAGUUAGGUGCAUGGCUCAAAGAUAGGACCUCUUAAUCGAUAAACUCUAAGCGAAUAUGUUAAUAAUUGCAUUUAAAAAUAGUUGGAAGCCAAAAAAGAUUUUUAGAAGACCUAAGAUAAUUCAUUAUAAUAAUCUUUUGAAAGACCAAACUCAAAAGAAAAAUAGGAUUACAUAAAGAAUGGUAGAUUCAAAGUACCUUCUGUUAACUUAUUUGCAUAAAAUUUCGAAGGCAACCUGCCGAAGAAUGUUGAUUUUGUGAAUAAAUCUUCAAAUGAUAUGUAUGCUUAAGAAUAAAAUAAUUAUGAUCCUCAUCUCAAUAGCAUAUAGAUAUCUCAAUAAUUAAAUUAAUUAAUAUAGAGAGGAGUAUUAACAGAAAAAAAGAGGGAAGAAAAAACAUAACUUUUUGAAAAUGUCAUACAAAACACUAUUUAUUUGACAUUUAUUUGA